AUGACCGACUCUAAGCCCGACAACGUCGAUCAGACCAACGGCGACCAGCAGACUGCAACGGGCGAUAAGCAUCAAAUCGAGCACGAAGCCCCCGAUGCAAAGCGCACCAAGAUGGAGGAUGGUCAGACCACUCUUGAUGAUAUGGUGAUCAAGACGGACAAAGAUGAGAAAAAAGACGAGCCCAAUGAUGAGAAAGUUGAUUCUGAGAAGCAAGAGGACGAUACUUCCAAGUCCACUGACAAGAAAGACUCUAACGGCGAAGAUGCUGUGCAGCCUUCAGAAGAACCAGAUGUACCCUCUAGUAUUCUCGAGAAGGGCAUCAUUUACUUCUUCAUUCGUGGCCGCGUAAACCUUGAAGACCCUGAAAGCGUCGACGACAUCGCUCGAUCCUUCAUCAUGCUACGUCCCAUCGCCAAAGAUGCUCGUCUUGGUGACGGCACUAUUGCAGACGCUGGCAACACGCGAAUCCUCGCACUUCCCAAGAAGAUCCUUCCCGAGAGCGGAAAAGAGAAAUACAUGGUGUUUGUCGAAAAGUCCGGCGCCUCAUUCGAUGAGAUCAAGAAGGAGUUCUUGGCUGCGGACGAAUAUGAUACCAAGAGUGCUGGCACACGUCGCACACCACCUGCAAAGCCUGUUGGUGAGGGUGUUUAUGCCAUCACAUCGACAGGCCGGGAGAGUCACUUGGCCUACUUGACAACUCUACCUGAGAAGCUCGACGAGGUUCAGAAGGAAUUGGGUAUCAAGGAGAAGGGAGGCUUUAUUAUCAGCACCAAGAACCCAGAGCUUCCGGGACCUCAGAACGCUCAACUGUCCGAGGGACCUGGUUUCCCCAAGGAAAUUAUUGACGAGUUCCGCUCUCUUCGCUGGUUGCCAUCCAAGCCAGCCCACUUCGACUAUGUCAACGCCCAGAUUCUCCUCAUUGGGGAGUCGGAAGGUAUUGAGAAAGCUGUUGAGCCACAGAAGAAGGACCAGAAGGAUGGGAAAGAGGAGCCCGAGACAGUUCUUGAGCAUCUCGAGGAUGAUGAUGUGAAGCGCAUGAAGCAUCUUGCUGAUGACCAGUCAGCUGCUAUCUAUGCCGACUUGCAUGUCCACGCCAAAGAUUAUCCCAAGCUGCAGACGACUUUUUGA